UUCUUUCUUUUGACCCUUACACGUACUAAAGAAAUGUCUCAUUAUAUUAAGGUUCUUAUGUGGAACUGUGGGGGAAGUUUGCAUGGCAGAACCGCUCAAAGACAACUUUAGAGAGCAAGAAUGAAAAUAAGAUGUGCCCACUACACACAUAGAUUGAGACACAGGUGCUUCCUGUUUUCUCUGUCUCUGCUGGUGGUCUGUCUGCUCAAGCUGGUCUACAUUAAAGUGACGGUGCAGGACAGCGUCUACAUCGAGCCGUACGGGAUCACCGUCAGCUUAUCCAGGAUCCACAAUCACAGGUAUGACGUCAACUGCUCGGCCAUCUACGAGCUGGACCCCGUGGAGAUCGGCAAAGCUCUGGAGAUAAAACGCAAAGUCAUCGUUGAUGUGGAUGACGACAGCACCGUGAGUCUGACCUCAGACUGUCAGACGUUUCUCAAAACGCGAGGUUACGAUGAGGCUCCGGUGUCGGCUGCAGAGUGGAGCUUCCCCCUGGCCUACUCCCUGGUGGUGCACAAGAACGCUCCCAUGGUGGAGCGCAUCCUCCACGCCAUCUACGCUCCUCACAACAUCUACUGCAUCCACUACGACCAGAAGUCCUCUCCACUCUUUAUAAAAGCCAUUACAAACCUGGCUCAGUGUGCUCCCAACGUCUUCAUCGCCUCCAAACUGGAGUCAGUGGAAUACGCCCACAUCAGCCGGCUCAACGCCGACCUCAACUGCCUCUCUGACCUGCUGAGGUCAGAGGUCAAGUGGAAGUAUGUCAUCAACCUGUGUGGCCAGGACUUCCCUCUCAAGUCAAACUACGAGCUGGUGACGGAGCUGCAGCAGCUGAACGGCAGCAACAUGCUGGAGUCCAGCCGGCCCAGCGAACUCAAGAAACAGCGCUUCAGCUUCCAGCACGAGCUGAAGAACGUGCCUUACGAGUACCAUCGGAUUCCCGUCAAAACCACGGUGCUGAAAAACGUUCCUCCUCAUGGCAUCGAGAUGUUCAUUGGCAGUGCAUAUUUUGUCCUGUCACGGGAUUUUGUGGAUUACAUUAGCAGCAGCCAGGUGGCAAAGGACUUCCUGGCAUGGUCCGCUGACACUUACUCACCAGAUGAACACUUCUGGGCCACCCUGGUCAGGGUCCCCGGGGUGCCUGGACACAUUCCCAGGACCGAGGCAGACAUCACAGAUCUGAGGAGUAAAACACGGCUUGUCAAAUGGAACUAUUUAGAGGGAAAUCUUUACCCGGCCUGCACGGGGACACACAUGAGGAGUGUUUGUAUUUACGGAGCGGCUGAACUCCGCUGGCUCCUCAACUAUGGUCACUGGUUCGCCAACAAGUUUGACCCCAAAGUGGACCCCAUCCUGAUCAAGUGUUUGGAGGAGAAACUGAUGGAGAAACGUCAAUAUGUGAAAACAUGAUAGUGACAAGGAGAGGAGAGAGU